GUCUCAUUGCAGAAUUAUUCAUUGAUUGCAUUGAUUUUUAUUUCAUUACAACGGGGGCAAUAAAAAGGCUUAACACUGGACCGUAAAAGUGUUUUUGAAGGGUAAUGGCGGCCUCCACUCAAGGAGAAAUUCGAGUGGGUCCCGGCCACCAGGUAAACGAUGUCUAUGCAAAACUGCCCGAUUAUAAUCCAAUUUCAAGCUUCCCCGUUGAUAAGGAAAACGACGAAAGAGAAUUAGAAAUACCAAGAUGGAGUCCCGGUGCUAUGGCAGAUGGAGAUCUUUUAAUGUUCUUGCGUGCAGCUCGUUCAAUGGCUGCAUUUCAAGGAAUGUGUGAUGGUGGUCUCGAAGAAGGUAUUGUAGCAGCAACACGUGAUGAUACAACAAUUAAUGCACAUGAUGUUUUACACGAUAAUGGUUAUGAUCCCGGUAAAGCAUUACAAGCACUUGUAAAAGCCCCCUUAACUAAGAGCAUCGAAAAGAAAUGGUGCGAAGACGAAAUUAAGAAAUUCAUUAAAGGUCUGAGACAAUUUGGAAAGAAUUUUUUUAGAAUCCAAAAGGAUUUAUUGCCACACAAGGAGACACCCGAGUUAGUUGAAUUCUACUAUUUGUGGAAGAAGACACCCAGCGCCAAUAGUAAUCGCCCGCAUCGUAGACGACGCCAGAGUGCUUUGCGUCGCAAUCGUGUUACACGGGCCAGCAAUACGCCUCCGAAAAAGGAGGACACACCCGAACCGCAAUCUGCUGCAACUGCCUCGACAACGACGACAACGACGGCGACGACGACGGCGUCGACGGCGGCCGCAGACAAAGGUCGCGCUUCGCCAGUUGUCACCAAGGAAGAGACAAGUUCUCUGACCGAGGACGACGUAAGCGAGUGCGACAGCGAUUCAAGUUUGACCCAUAAAAGGGAUGAAUCACCGUCCAGAAUGAGGACGAGAAACAAACAACAGACGACAGUGGGCGGUGCGGCCAAGUGCGACCAAACACAGGUCACCCAACCACAGCCAACCGCAAAUGGUAAACGGCCCAAACGUGGAUCGGAAACUCCAGACAAUGUUGCGGCCGCGGCAGCAGCAGCUGGUGCGGGAUUGGCGGCGGAAAGCCCCAAAACACCCACGAAACCUCCAGCAUCGGAGAGUAGUAGUGCAGCCAAUAAAAGAAAGACCGGCCGACAAGAGACACCAAAUAAGAAGAAACGUAACGAUACCGAGGGUUCUGUUACCGGCAGUUCGACCAUUGACAAUCAGGAUGAGUCAACCGAUAACAGCGCACCCAUUCCGCCCGUCGCAAUAUCAAUAUCCAAGGAUAAGCGCAAACGUGCCGAGAGCCCGGUGGAAAGCACAAAUUCAGACAGUCGUUCCGAUUCCGCCAUGGAUGAUGGCGAGUCCACGAACACUGAUACCAACGAACAGCAAUCAAACAAAGACAGUAAAGAGAGCAGCACUUCCAGCAAGGAAGAGAGCAGUAGUGGCAAUAGCGAACUUGAUUCCGCCAAGAGCGACAAGAAUGUGAUUCAGAAAACGGAGACCAAACCGAUUCCCGAAACCGACAUUAAAGAUAAAAUCAAAAAUGUCGAUGAGGAAACGAAUAUUCAGGCACCAUCAUCGAUGCCCAAUGCCACAAUGGUUUCCGUUCCCGAAAACACUAUAUCACCAUCGAAAACGCCCAUAGCGGCAGCAAGCCCUGCGAUUACCGCAAAUACUCCCCCAGCACCUCCAGCUCUUCCUCCGCUUAAGGUACCAACUGUAGAGGCACUAAAUGCUUCCGUCGAUCGUAAAAUCGAAGCUGGCAAAUUGGAAAUGAUGGACACUGAUAUGCCCAAAGACAUGUUAAAGAAACUGGCCAACAUGAAGCAGGAAAUUGGAACGCCUCCACAGAAUACCCAGCCGCCACAACCUCCACCGACGCAGCCGAUAAUGCCUGAAGUAAUGUACUUCAAGAAAGAGCCAAAGGAUGCCGUCAUGGAUGCCGUUUGCAACCAGAACAGCAAUGAGCCUCAAGAUCUCAAAGUUAAGAUAGAGGUAAAGAGUGAAGACGUUAAACCUCCGGUUAUGGGCCUGCCACCACCAUCUGGACAUCAAGCAGGGGAAGGAGCGGAAGGGGGCCCACCACAGUUACCACCACCGGGCCAUUUGCAGCAUUCCCUUGCUGGAGGACCUCCACCAGGGUAUAUUGUUGAGGGUGGGCAUCUUAAGUUUGCACCGCCACCUACACAAACUAAUCAACCGCCUCCCCAGCUGCCACCAUCAUCCAUGGCUAACGACAAUAACAAUGGACCUCCACCACCAAGCAACAGUAGUGGUCCUCCGCCGCCAACAUCCGGCCCGUUGCAUCCGCCGCAACCGAAAUAUCCCGGAGAAAUGGAACACAAAUUCCCAGACGGUAUAAAAUACGAACCUGGAAAGUUUGUGCCACAGGAUUUGAAAUACCCUCCUCCACAUUCGAUGGAAUCUCUGAAGUACAGUCAGGAAAUGCAUGCUGCUGCCGCAUCUGGUAAAUUUGAUAUGAAAUUCAUGAUCGAUCCCCACACGGGUAAAUUCCCGGGCGAUCUGUCUUCUCCGCAUGGACCUCCGACAUCCGGUAAACCGUACAGUGGUGGUGGCGAAGCUCCAUCAAAGAUUCAAGAUCUAAAAGGUGGUUAUCCACCACCCAGCCUAGGACCACCUCCAGUUAGCAGUGCCGCUACCCCAACCAGUGAUAAUCCUCCCCAACACAAAUUCAUGAGCGGUCCUCAGGAACCGCCAGCACCUCCACCAUCACAUGGUCAGCCACCAGGGGCUACACCUCCACCCGGCAUUGCAAUGCCCAAGCCUCAUUACGAGCAUCAAGUGCAACAUCCAAUGGCUCGGCCGCCAUUCGAAACAGCUGCUGGUCUUAUGAUGAAAUAUGGCGACCCAAUGGUUGGCAAAUAUGGUCCACAGGAUUUGAAAUAUCCACCUCUACAAGGCCCUCCAACGGAUAUGAGUACUGGUGGAGGUUUGAAACCAUCUCCAUAUGGAGAGAAUUUAAUAAAACCAGUGCCGUAUGGUAGCGGAGGACCUCAUGAAGUUGGACUAAAAUAUCCUCCAUCGGAAAGUCCCAUUGAUGCUUCAGCUCGCUCCACUCCCGGUCAAGAUAGUCAAAGCAGCAAUAGUAGUUCCCUGCCUUCAACACAGCAACAAUUCCAGUCACCUCAUCCCUCACCCCAUAUGCCGUCGCCAGCAGGUGGCGGUCUGCCGCCUGGCAUGCAUCCACAAAAUUUGAUUUCACCGCAUGGUGGUCCUUUGACAAUGCCACCGUCAUCACACCAGAGUCAAGUGCCACCAGGUUCUGGCCCUCCACAAGGAUCCACACCUGGUGGUGGCUCUGGAUCCCAGUCUCAAGGCAUUCUACAUCAUCCCACACCUACGUCGGCGAGUGGAAGCAGUGGGCCUCAAGGCUUACACCAUCCCAGUCAUAUGCCAUCUUCUUCAGCUCCUCCUACAUCAGCGAGUGGUUCUGGACCUCCGCACAGUAUUUCUUCUAUGGCACCUUCAGGCAUGCACCCUCAACAUUUGCCUCCGGGUCAUUUACAACAAUUGCAUAGACCACACGCCGAGUUGCCACCAGGAGCGGGCGGACCUAUGCAUCCGCAUGCGCCCAUCCCGUUAUCCUUACAAAAUCACGACCCACGUAAUGGUCCACCUCUUUCUCUAUCCGGCCAUGGUUUAGGUCCGCACGGCCAACAGUCGCAGUCGUCUCAACUUUCCUCGGGAACUGUACGAACGCCAUCACCAGCUCAACCUCAACCACAACGUCUAGGCAUGCAUGACGACAGGUCAGGAGGUGCUGGUCCCCAGUCGUCGCAAUUACGCGAUCCACCGACAUCGCAGCCUUCGUCAGCAGUUGGGCCACCACCACAACAAUCACCGCAUACACAUCGCACAUCCCCAUUACCGGGAUUGGCCGGCAGCGUUCCUCCCGGGCUCAUUGGACAUCCCAUGCCCAUUCACCCUCAUUUGGCUCACUUGCCACCUGGUCACCCGGCGCAUGCUGCUCAUGCCGCACACAUGCUUCCACAUUCUCUAGCCGGUUUGGGACCUGGAGCAGGUCCCCUGGCAUUGUUGGCUGGACCACCAUCACUCAAUAGUUUGCCUGAAUCAGGCCUUAGUCGAAGAACGCCACCAGCGUCCCACAUGCAAUCUGCACCACAACCACCAGUUUCUUCAGCCAGUGGGUCAAUGCCCACACAUGGCUCCAAUCCUCCUCCUGUUUCUGCAGCUACCUCUUUGUCGACCACCAGCACAGUUCCAUCAUCAGCAUUUAGUCGAGCCAGUCCCAGUGUGUCCAGUAACUCGGCUGCUGGCGGUCCGGGUGGAUCACUUGGCGGACCACCACAUCCGGGUGGUGGUAACAGUAAUUCGGGAACUCCCAGUGGACUAAAUACAUCAGCCGGUGGGGCCCAUCGUUCAUCAUCGCCAGCGUCGAGUGUGGGCAGUCUUAGCCGACAAAGUCCCUUGCAUCCGGUACCACAGUCUCCGCUCAGCCAUCAUCCCUCUUCAUCUGCUCUUUCGGCAGCAGCUGCGGCGGUUGCUGAACGUGAUAGACACGCGCUGCUGCGCCAACAAUCUCCGCACAUGACACCGCCACCGGUCUCGAGUGCUUCCGGUCUAAUGGCCAGUCCCCUAAGUAAAAUGUAUGGACCGCAGUCUGGUCAGCGUGGUCUAGGAGCAUCGCCUCCGCCCCAUUUGCGACCGGGUGCAUCUCCGCCUGUGAUACGUCAUCCUCAAAUGCCACUGCCGUUGCCGCUAUUACCUACUGGGGCUGGAAUGCCACCGAUUGGCGUUCAUCCGGGACAAUCACCAUAUCCACACCCGCUUUUACACCCAUCCAUGUUUUAUUCGCCGCAUCAUCAUAGUCCGUUUAAUUCGCCCUAUGGUUAUGGUCCGUAUGGACCCGGUUUCCCCGCGUACAUCAAAUCACCGGGUCCUGGUGGAUCGUUGGAACAGGCAGUGAUGGCUGCCGCUCAUCAUCAAGGUUUG